CUGUCAUCUUUCAUCCUUCAUUACAACAACAACAUCUCAUUUUAAAAGAAAUUCCAUCAGUCUCUACAAGAACCCUAUUCUUUCGAAAACAAACACUAGAGCAGUCUCAACCAUGAGUAGCGACAUUAACAGCAAUACAACUGAAUAUUCCACUCUUACGCUCGAGAACACUCUCGACGAUUUACCAGAACAUGAUAAUGAACAGUCAAUACAGCAGGGACAAGGAAAAGAACGACACAUCCCGCAAGCAUACGCUGUCCUCGCCUCACUCAACUCCACUAUCCCCGAUAUCCAACUCAAACAGAUCACCACUGUUGUGGGACGAGACAUCUCAAAAUGCUCUGAAGGAGCAGUACUUGCAGACAAAAUUAUUUCCAAAGUCCAUUGUGAGCUCUUGUUGGAAUCGUUGACGGACCCUGGAGCCGUAGUUUAUAUCAAGGAUGUCUCCACAAAUGGUGUCUGGGUUAAUGAUACAAAAAUUCCUAAGGAUGAAUUAUGCGAGAUCACUCACCGCGAUAUCAUCACUUUCAAGCCUGGCCCCCAUAAAAGCAUAGCGGAUGGUCCAACAUUUGUCUUCAUGGACCAAAGAAAAGCAAAUUCAAAGCGCAAAAAUGUAGAUUUGGAUGCUAGCACCUUAGAUAGUACAUCAGCUUCUUUAGAGGUAGACACCAAAAAGAAGCGAAAACUGGAGGAUUCAAAGGAACAAGGCAGAGGCCAGGAUGAAAGCAAAUAUACUCAGAAUGAUAAUGCUAAUCAAAACAAUGCAAAUGAUGGAUUUGAAAAGGAGUUCGGAUGUGGCAUCUGCUAUGAAAUCAUGCAUAAACCUGUUGUAAUGCAACCCUGUUUACAUGCCUUCUGCAAAAAGUGCUGCAAAACCUGGUUCCGAAGCUCAUCAAAUUGUCCAGCCUGUCGACAAGUUGUCAAUAGGACAAAGAAAGACUUUAGGCUUAACAACUUGAUCCAGCUCUUCAUCGAAUCUAGGCCGGAACUGAAGCGAGAUGAUGAGGACAAUGGCGCAGAAAGCGACGUAUCAGAUCUUAUAGGGGCACGGUCGGAUAGAAGGCGUCGAUAUGACUAUGGGCACAGUGAUGAUGAUGAAGAGGACGAAGAGGACGAAGAGAAUGAAGAUGAGGCUGCACAACCUGUCUUACUUCCACCUGGAUUUGGUCUUCCACCCAGCUGUCCAUGCUGUGACUCAGCCAACACACUGGGAUAUGUUUGCCCUGAUGCAGUACGACUAGGCCCUUUACCUGGCCAGGCGACUUAUGCUGACUAUUAUGCUAGACGCCAGAUCCAGCCUGGACAUGCUCAAUGUCCACAAUGCAGACGACAUAUUCCUUCUCUCCCGGCAACCGUUCCAGAUGCUGUUGCAGAUAAAUUCCGAUGCAAAAUGUGUCAAACUCCAAGUUGUGGCUGCGGCCUAAAAAGUGUAGAAGAUAGAAUUGAGGGACAUUGUACAAUUUACGGUUUUUUGAACCACUAUGAAGAGCGGGUGGCUCUAGAUUACAUGGCAGCAGAGAACUUGACCUCUCAAAAUGUGUGGGAAGAAAUUAAGGCAGGUAUGGAUCGCAAUAUGUUCCACUACUUGGUCCCAAGCGAGCCCAAUGCUCGAGUGCGCAACUCUGCAAUUACAAGUGCAGAUAAGAUCUGUCAUGAAUGCUCUCUACACUUUUUCCGAAAUGGCCCCCUUUUCCAAUGGCGUAAGAAUCUGGAUUCCAACAGACUGCCAGCACAAGUAGCUGCACGUGAGGAUUGCUGGUGGGGGCGUGAAUGUCGCACGCAGUAUAACCCUACAAACCCUACCCAUGCUACCAGGCGAAACCAUAUCUGUGAACGGAGACAUCGUAAUAAUAACAAUAACAAUGGUACCAACGACGAUGGUACCUAGAAUAAUAGCAACAAUAAUGACGUCGAUUAGCAAUGGUAACAUUUAAAAGACCAGGUAGC